UGCACUUUCUCCGUACGUGUGUAUGUGCAUAUGCUGAUAAACAUCGGCCAUCAGUGUCCGUUUCAAACCACUCAAAUCGCACUAUCACUGCCGUUGCUGGACCAUUUUUCCCUUCAAUCUAAAAUCUCAACACUCCCGCUAAUAAUGUCCUCACUCAGCGCUAAAAUUGGUCCAUCGAUUCUGAACGCCGACCUUUCACAACUGCACGAGGAGUCGCAACGAUUGCUCGAUAAUGGAGCCGACUAUCUGCAUUUGGACGUGAUGGAUGGCACGUUUGUGCCGAAUCUCACCUUCGGUCACCCGGUCGUCAAGUGUCUUCGGAACAAGAUUAAGGAUGCCUUUUUCGAGACGCACAUGAUGGUUCAAGCCCCGCAACAGUGGAUCGAACCGAUGGCCGAUGCCGGCGUCAAUCAGUACACCUUCCACAUCGAGCCGGUGAUGGACAGCGUGGUGGACAUUUGUCGCAAAGUGCAGGAAGCCGGCAUGAAGGUUGGACUUGCGAUCAAACCGGGAACUCCGGUGGAAACGGUGAAGGAAUUCAUUCCUCUUGCCGAUAUGAUCCUUAUUAUGACGGUAGAGCCCGGCUUUGGCGGACAAAAGUUUAUGAACGACAUGAUGCCGAAGGUGCACUGGUUGCGGGAGAAUUAUCCAAAUCUGGACAUCGAAGUCGAUGGCGGAGUAGGACCGGGAACGAUUGAUGCCUGUGCGAAAGCCGGCGCAAAUAUGAUUGUGGCUGGGACGGCAAUUAUACGGGCCGACGAUCAGGCAGCGGUUAUCCGGCAACUGAAACAUUCCGUCGAGUGCGCAAUCAAACAUUGAUGUUGAGAAGAGGGUAGAGGGCAAACAACUGUUCUUUAAAUUAAGUUUAAUUCGUUUUUAUUUUACGUGAAAGCAAUAAACUUCUAGUUUCAUAACAGA